UCUGUUUGUUUACUGUCUGAGCGUGGAGGGGGGCGCUAAUGUCACAGAUUUCUCACACUAUAAACACGCUCAAUCUCUUCACCCUCUGCGCGAGAUAUAGCUACUUGCAUAAUGCCGCGGCACCGCGAAUACACGCCGUGACAACCGAUCACGUUGGACAGACUGGAAAAAAACACUUGGUGCUGUUUUGUUUUUGACACUGCCCGCGUAGCUGGAGCCGAACUCCUAUAUCAAAACAUGGAGCUGCCUUAGCAGCGUUGACCAACAAUGCUAACGUUAUAGCGCAGCUAGCUAGCUUGCCAGGUUUUCAGAUGAAGAGGAAUUGAGUAUCGUUGUCUUGAAACUUUUUGUCUCGACACUUGGGUUGUUUGUUGCAUAACCUUAGCUAGCUGGCAGCUUCGAGUGCGUUGCGGAUGUCAAUACGACGAGGAGCAAAUAUAAAGCUAAUGUAAACACCUCGCUGUCUCUUUAGCUUGUCAGUUAGCAGCUGUUGUUAUUGUUGGUUAUUGCUGGAAGGCGCACAGCUAAACUAGCCAUCUUACGAGUAAUUGUUGCUGAAUGGGGGUGGAGUUGUCGCAAAGGCUAGAAUAACGUUAGGUAUCAGUUACAUUUUAGGAAGACGGUGUCAGACAAAAUGGUGUUAAGGAGUUGCUGGAAGUCUCGACAUAAAAACAGCUCUGGACCUGCUCCAUGUUGGACCCGACCACGAUUGGCAGCCCUGCUCUGGCUAUGUGUGACCCAGUUUGUUUGCGGCAGCGGGGCGGAGGGGGAAACCAACACUGUGAUCCAGAAAGAUGCAGAGUUUGAUGUCACCUAUAAUGAUACAGUUACAAGUGAAAACCAGACCAUCUAUGCUUUCAAUCACACCGUCUCCAGGAAUAAGACGGAGGGAGUGCGUGUGUUUGUGGAUGUGUUAUCACAGGGUUUUGAGAGUCCCAUCCUGUUUGUGGUACGACAGAAGCAAGCUGUGGUGUCUUUUCAAGUCCCUCUCAUUUUAAGAGGCCUCUACCAGAGGAAGUACCCUUACAGUCAUGUGGGCCGGACAUUGUGCCAGCCCCCAACCCGGGCCGCCUCUGAGACCCAGUACUUUUUUGUGGACGUGUCCACCCUGUCCAGCCUGGGUACAAACUACCAGCUCAGGGUCAGCCGUGUUGAAAGCUUCACCCUGCAGACAGACAAGAAAUUCAGCUUCACCGCGUCACCAUCCCAACCUCAGUACUUCAAGUAUGUCUUUCCUGAUGGGGUGGACACUGUGAUCGUCAAGGUCAACUCAGAAAUGACCUUUCCCUGCUCUGUUAUGUCCAUCCAGGACAUCCAGUGUCCUGUCUAUGAUCUUGACAACAAUGUGGCCUUCAUUGGGAUGUACCAGACUAUGACCAAAAAAGGCGCAAUCACUGUGCAGAGAAAAGAUUUUCCCAGCAACAGUUUCUAUGUGGUGGUAGUGGUAAAAACCGAGGACGAGGCGUGCGGCGGUCCGCUGCGCUUCUACCCUCUCCGUCCUGAUGAGCUGAUCGACGCCGGCAACCGCAGCAAGUUCAUUGAUGUGAUUGUCACCCCUGCUAUCAACUCGGAGGUUUAUGUGAUGGGCAUGCUGUUCUGUCUGGGUAUCUUCCUCUCCUUCUAUCUGCUCACCUUGCUCAUGACCUGUCUGGAGAACAAGCGAAUGAAGAAGAGAGAGGUGUUUCAGAUUGCUGCUGACAUGUCGCCUGCUGAGACAGCCUCUCUGCUUGGGAAGAACGGAGAUGGCAAAACUCCAGCCUCGCCAUAUGAAUAUGGUUCCUUUGCUGACAACGGAAGCACACUCAGUUCAGAGGCCAUAACUGACAGCGCCACAUCAACUGACAACAACUAUGGAUACGUGGAGCAAUCGUUGGACAGUAUUGGACGAAGCAGGCAGGAGUCUCUGAGCUCUGUGGAGGAGGAUGACUAUGACACGCUGGACGACAUCAACUCGGACAAAAACAUUGUCCGCACCAAGAAAUUUCUAUGUGUGUCUGACCUGUCCCGCAAAGACAAGAGGAUCCUCAGCAAGAAAUACCAAAUCUACUUCUGGAACAUUGCUACUAUUGCUGUGUUCUAUGCGCUGCCAGUUGUCCAGCUGGUCAUCACCUACCAGACGGUGGUCAAUGUUACAGGAAACCAGGACAUCUGCUUUUACAACUUCCUGUGUGCCCACCCUCUGGGAGCUCUAAGUGCGUUCAACAACAUCCUGAGUAACCUCGGUUACGUGCUGCUGGGACUCCUCUUCCUCCUUAUUGUCCUCAAAAGAGAUAUCGUCCACAAUCGAGCCCUGGUCCGCAACGAUCUCAACGCGCUGGAAUGUGGUAUCCCAAAGCACUUUGGUCUGUAUUAUGCCAUGGGAACUGCUCUAAUGAUGGAGGGCUUGCUCAGUGCCUGCUACCACGUCUGUCCAAACUACACCAACUUCCAGUUUGACACCUCCUUCAUGUACAUGAUUGCUGGACUGUGUAUGUUGAAGUUGUAUCAGAAGAGACACCCAGACAUCAACGCAAGUGCUUACACUGCCUACGCCUGCCUGGCUGGGGUCAUCUUCUUUUCUGUGCUGGGAGUGGUAUUUGGGAAAGGAAACACAGUCUUCUGGAUCAUUUUCUCAGUGAUCCACAUUUUGUCCACUAUGCUCCUCAGCACACAGCUCUACUACAUGGGCCGAUGGAGGCUGGACUCCGGGAUGCUGCGCAGGAUUGUGUACGUCAUCUACACAGAUUGCAUCAGGCAGUGCAGUGGACCUAUGUACAUAGACCGUAUGGUUCUGCUCGUAAUGGGGAACAUAGUCAACUGGUCUCUAGCUGCCUAUGGCCUCAUAGAGAGACCCAAUGACUUUGCCUCCUACCUUUUGGCCAUCGCUAUCUGCAACCUGCUGCUCUACUUUGCCUUUUAUAUCAUUAUGAAGUUGCGGAGCGGUGAGAGAAUCCAGUGUCUGGCGUUGGUGUGUAUUCUGUUCACAGCCGUGGUGUGGGGCUUUGCACUGUAUUUCUUCUUCCAGGGUCUCAGCACCUGGCAGAAAACUCCAGCAGAGUCUCGAGAGCACAACAGGGACUGUAUCCUGCUUUCAUUCUUUGAUGACCAUGACAUUUGGCACUUCCUCUCCUCCAUCGCCAUGUUUGGAUCCUUCCUGGUCCUCCUGACCAUGGAUGACGACCUCGACACCGUCCAGAGAGACAAGAUAUUGGCCUUCUAGAUAUGUCAGAUCUUCUGUGAUGAGCUCAGCUCUUCUUCUCUGCCUUAUCGCCCUUGUCUCUCUCCAUUUGCAUCUCCUAUUUGUUCUAAAAAAAAGCACAGCCAGCGCCUGUCCCCCCCCCCGGCUGUACAGUGGGCACCUCUGCCUGCCACAGCCAGUCAGCCAGUAAGGGAAGGGCAGUAGCCCCUCCCUCCACCUGUAUGGACACAAAUGUGCCAAUGAAGAACCUGGGUCGACGUCGAGUGAUGCUGAAGUGUUUUGUCCUCUCGCUGCCAUCAUCAAUAUAACUGUUGUAAUCGAUGUUUACUUCCUGCUGACGAUGAAGAUAACAACAUACACUCUUACUAUCUAAGAAACUAUCCAAAUUAACUUAUUUUAUACUGUCUGCAUUACAUUUGACCGCAAAGUCAGCAAUGCAUUUAGCAAAUUACUGUUUCUAUGCUGUGUGUCUUUGUACAGGUGUGCGUGUGUUUACAAACAUAAAUGUGAGAAUAUGAAUUCUGUCCAGUCUGUCAGUGGCCUUUAAUGUUCUAAUCAUGUUACAUACUGUGCUCUGAUUGGUCAGGCCCUCGAGCUAGCCGUCCUUCUUUUGGAGAAUAAUAAUAAUAAUAAUAAUAAUAAUGAUUGUAUUUACUUCUUGAUUGCCCUAAAGUCUGAAUGCAAAGGUAUUUUUUUGCACUGUACUGUAUGACAAGAAACUGAUUUUAAUGUCAAACAUUGCAAUGAGCGGUUACUGAAUAAAGGUAUCAUUUUCAGAUA